AUGUCGCAAUCAGCCGUCGACCUGAAAAACCAGGGCAACAAGGCCUUCGCCGCUGGCGACUGGCCUACCGCCAUCGAUUUCUACUCCAAGGCCAUCGAGCUCAACGACAAGGAACCCACUUUCUUCACCAACCGGGCCCAGGCACACAUCAAGACCGAAGCCUAUGGAUACGCCAUCGCCGAUACGACGAGCGCCAUCAAGCUCAACCCGAAGAUGGUCAAGGCGUACUACCGACGAGGUUUGGCAAAGACGGCGAUUUUGCGGCCCAAGGAUGCCCUCGACGAUUUCAAGGAGUGCGUCAAGCUUGACCCCGCUAACAAGGAUGCCAAGCUCAGACUGGAGGACUGCAAGAAGAUUGUGCGGCAGCUAGCCUUCUUUGCGGCCAUCGAGGUUGGCGAUGAGCCAUCCGCAGCCGAGGGUCUCGACGUGGACUCCAUGGCUGUUGAGCCUGGUUACGACGGUGCUGAACUAGGAGACACCAUGACUCAGGAGUUUAUCGACGACAUGACGGAGAGGUUCAAGACUGGCAAGAAGAUCCACCGCAAAUACGUCUACCAGAUUAUUCUUGCCGUCAGGAAGAUUGUCUACGAGGAGAACACCAUGGUUGAGGUCGAGAUCCCCGACGAUGUCCAAAUGACCGUCUGUGGUGACACACACGGCCAAUACUUUGAUCUCAUGGAGCUUUUCCGUCGUAACGGCACCCCUAACGAUAAGCAUUGGUACCUGUUCAACGGUGACUUUGUGGAUCGUGGCUCUUGGUCUACCGAGAUCGCCCUGCUUCUCUACGCUUACAAGUGGCUGCGGCCCAACAACUUCUUCCUGAACCGUGGAAACCACGAGACGGAUGACAUGAACCGCGCUUACGGUUUUGAGGGAGAGUGCAAGGCCAAGUACAACGAGAGAGUCUUCAAGCUAUUCUCGGAGAGUUUCUCUGCCUUGGCGCUGGCUACUCUUAUUGGCAAGAAGUACCUGGUCCUCCACGGAGGAUUGUUCUCUGAUGAUAGCAUUACUCUGGAUGACAUUCGGAAACUGAACCGACACGGCCAGCGACAACCCGGCCAGUCCGGCUUGAUGAUGGAGAUGCUCUGGACGGACCCUCAAGAGGAGCCUGGUCGUGGCCCCAGCAAGCGAGGUGUUGGUAUGCAGUUUGGUCCCGAUAUCACCAAAAAGUUCUGCGAAAACAACGGCCUCGAGGCUGUUAUUCGCAGUCACGAAGUUCGCAUGGACGGCUACGAGGUUCAGCACGAUGGUCGGUGUAUCACCGUUUUCUCUGCGCCUAGAUACUGCGACUCGACGGAGAACAGGGGUGCCUACAUCAACAUCGGCUCCGACUAUAAGCUCCAGUUUGAGCAGUUCGAUGCUGUGCCGCACCCUGAUAUCCGCCCGAUGGCGUAUGCCCAAAGCUCCCUUAUGUCCGGGUUGGUUUGA